GUGAGGCGUGACGCAGUAACGUCAGGUCCUCUUCCCACAGCGCAGGAAAUUGAAAGUAAAAAUCACUACGGAUCCACUGCAAUUCAUCUACAUUUACUUUUUAAAUCCGACAUAAACCGUCUUAAAAAUGUUCAUUGCGUCGGGGGAUGCUGUGCCUUCGUUUAAAGGUUUUACUCUGAUAAUGCCUGCAGUGUCCGUUGGAAAUGUGGGGCAGCUCGCCGUGGAUCUCCUCAUCUCAACACUGAAUAUGCCCCGAGUGGGGUACUUCCACACAGACUGCCUCACUCCUAUGGCUGGGAACAACCCCUACACGGACGCCGCCCAGCUCAGCACCAGCGCGGAGGUGUACUCUCACAGUGACUUAAAGCUGGCUGUGCUGCAGAUCAGGACACCCAUCAUUCAGACGAAGGUCAGAUCAUUCCGAAAGCUGAUGGUUUCCUGGAUCAAGAGCAGUGGAUUCCUCAGGAGUGUGCUGCUGUCCAGCAGUCACGCGUAUCACAGAGAUGACCAACAGCUUGAUGGCACUCCUCUGCGGUACCUGCUGACCCCAUCUCUGCAGAAGGAGGCGGCUCAGAGGGUGGAGGAGCUGGGCUGGAGGGAGAUGGAGAGGAUCAGUGCAUUUCCCGGGAUCUCUGACUCAGAGCAGCGGCUCUACAUUCCCGGAGGAGGAGUGACCAAAGCCUUUUACACAGACUGCUGCACAGAGGACAUCUCUAUGGCAGUAAUGCUGAUCUUCUGCUCAGAAGGAGACAACAUCCCUGAUGCGUUUGCUCUCGUUAACCAUCUCAACGACUGGCUCCAUCUGCUGGAAAAACCUACGCAGGGUUCGGUGCAGUGGCGGGUUCCUCCCUCGUGGAGGCUGCUGUUUGGCAGCGGUAUCCCACCUCUUCUCUUUUGAAGCAUGGCUGAAACAUCACGCUUGCAUAUGGAUAUGCCUGAUGCAACUCUGCAGGUUGUGACCGUUUUAAACAUGAACCAGAGAAAUCACUGAUGGACUGAUGGUUAAGUGGUCAAACUGCACAAAGCGCUAAAUACACAUUUUGCUUGUAAAUAAGUGAAAUAGUACAGAAAUAAUAAGCUGUAGUAUUAUUUUUGCCAAA